CUUCUCGUUGAACGGCUAAAAUGAGAUAAAAACGACAGUGAAAUUCUCAAAAAUCUUUAAGUGUGAAAAUUCAUCGCCGAUGUUAGCUUUCGGAAGCAAAAUAGAAGAAUAGAAAGAAAGUUAACAGAAUUUAACUUCAAUGAACAUGUUAGUUCUCUAUGCUGUUUCUUCGACGAAGUUUAACAAUUUUUUAUGUCGGUGUGCGUCGCAAAGAAAUAAAACUAAAAGCAAUUUUAACAUACUUAAGAGCAGAAAAAAGUUUGUUUUUAUUUUGUAUUUUCUGCAGAAAAAAUGCCCCGAAUAUGGAUCUGAAAAAAAGACUUAAUUUCUAUUUUUCCAAAAAAUGAGAAAAUUAGUUUCGAAAAAAUUUUCAAAAACUCAUGUCGAAACUGUGAUUCGGAAAAAUGGAAAAUAGAUUUUCUAUUUUUUGAAGACCUCAGUUUUUUAUACCGCUAAUAACUCAAUUUUUUCAGAUUUGCUGGUCUAGCGACUGAUACGGUAAGGCUAUGUAGAAAUGUAAAAGGUAAAUUGUAUACGAUGGCAGAGAAAUAGGGUAAACCUUCUGCAUUUUUCCUAUUAAAAGAACGUUAAUACAAGACAAGAACCUACAACACGAAUAUGUAAUUAUGACUACAAUCAAUGCUCUAUUGAUUGCCGACUAGAAUAGUCAUGUUUAGGUAGAGCAAAGGAAACAAAUGCUUUCGCUAUUAUUAACAGUUUCGACGUUGUUCUUCAAACUAUGAACUGAAUUGUAGCUAUUUACCUAUCACACACUUUUCACGUGAUAAAAGUAAAUGUUCUGCAUUUGAGCUUAUACUAUAUACUUAUUACCGAAAGAUUUUAAUAUAUGCCGUCAAAUUCUAGUUCAUAUAUGUUUUGUCUAGCUCCUUAGCAGAUAUCAUCGUAGAAACAAAAAUAACUAUGACAAUCUGAUCUUCGUUGUUUAUUAAAGAAAUUUUUGUUAUGAAAAACUUAAUUUAACUACACAAAACUAACAGGGUUUCCUUCAUUUUCAGUUGGUUGCAAUGAACACCCACUCCAACAAAACAAACAACACACAUUGUUUCUGCUCACACUGACAUGCUCUCAUGAGUAGAAGAAAAAGAAAUAAUAAAGAAACAAUUUAAAAUUUAGUUUUAAAAAAUGUGUGCACUGUAAGAUGUCAUUCAAGCAAAAUAGAAGAGCGAGUUUUGUGACUACUAAAUCUAGCACUGAUUUCCUGUAUAGAAAAUCGGAACCCUACAACUUCUUUUUGAGAGUCAGUUCCAACAUAUCGCACAGAUAAUUGCAAUUCCUAUAAUCUUACAAAUCCGUUAUCCUUUAACAGAACUCAAUCAGAGUUCAGCUAUCAGUCUCUGAAUUACAAUCUGAAUUAGAUGGAAGAGUAACGUGUUCAUUGAAGUUAAAGUCUAUUAACUUUUAUUAACUUAUAUUUUUGGAUUUUAUUUUAGUUUCGUAUGAAAGCAACAUUCUCAAUCAUUUACAAGUUAAUUUUGAUAUUACUUGUCAUUCUACUAUUGUCUACUAAGAAAUUAAUUCUUUUUCAAAAGAUAAUACCUCAAAUUGGUUUCUUCACUAAAAACUCCAGCAUGAUAUUACAACAACAAAUAUUACAGCAUAAUAUUACAACAACGUACUUAACCAUGAGAAAUAAUACAUCAAGAAAAAUUGCAUUUUUCGCGUGUUCAAUUCAUUCAACAACCCAUGCAUAUUACUUUUACAUUCCGAUCACGACUGCUGCAUGGAUGAGAGUCGGAUAUGAAGUUAUUGUUGCAUUUGUUGGAGAUUUUAACGCAACGAAUGCACUUAGUCCACGAUUACAACUAACACGAAAAUAUUUGCUGGAAACCGGAGCGGCUAUUUUUGAUUUUCAAUGCGAUGCUUCCUACUCAAUUAAAAUGAGUCAAAUACUGCGAAUUUUCGGUGGAUUUUUACCGGAAAAUCUAGUACUUGAUACUGAUUAUAUUAUAACAGCUGAUAGCGAUUUAUUUCCUCUGAAUCCUGCACAAUACACACCAUCAACAGAGCAUUCUGGUGGUUUCAUUACAAACGCUUUUUGCUGCGGUUCAUUCAACAGACGUUCGAAAUCUUAUCGCAUGUUUCCAAUGGGACAUAUUUAUUUAAGCAAACGUAUAUGGAGAGCUAUUUGGUCAGAAUCUGUACAAAAUAAGGAAUUGCUAAACAUUCUUACCAGUGACCCAAACAAUCGAACAACAAAUUUCUCGUAUGAACAGCAGUUGUUGAAAAUUUAUCCUAACCUUAAUCAAACUCUGUCACAUUCUGAUAUGCCUACGUUGACAUUUGAUUUGGUUAGUUUAUACAUGAGACACGAGUUUCGAGGCGUUUAUGAUCAGCAAAUGGGCAAAGGAGACGCGGCUUGGUACAUGGAUCAGAUAAUGGUCUCAAUGUUGCUGGGAGACUAUCGAGAUAGACAUAAGAAUUUUAGCAUUCACGAACGUGAUAGGGGACAACGUCUCGAUCGCGCAGAUGCUCUCAAUUUUUGGGAUAGAUCGAAUUUUUCUCAAUUUGGCGAUUCUCAUCUGAAACACGAUGAGAUACUUGAAGACCACACAUGGGCAAUAUUCAUCGUUCCAGCGACAUGA